AUGGCGGAGUGGGGGGUUGCAGUGGCGGUUGCGGCGGAGCCAUGCGGAAACUGGGCGGGGGUUCGGGAGGAGACGGUGGUCAUAGCGGCGUCGACUGCCGGAAACUCCCCGUCUCUAGUGGUAAAGGAGCGCGGGUCAGGGUUCGUGGCAGCGAUUUGGGGAGAAGUCAUCCUAAUUGGGGGGUACUUCUCUCCAAAUCGCUCCCUGGCCCAAUUCGAGGCGUUCCUGGAGACCCCGGAGAGGGCAGUGAGGAGGGCAGCUCCGGCGCCGUUGCUGGUGAUGGGGGACCUCAACGCCAAGAGCGCUGCGUGGGGUUCCCUAGUCAGCAAUGCUAGAAUUGGGCGGUAG